CACCUGGACACGCAGGUUCCAUUUGCAGACAUGGCAGAAGAUCAGCCCCUCCCUCCUCCAUUCUGUUGACAACCGCUCAGAUUGCCUUGACGGCGAGCUUCAUCCGAGAGCCACUCCACUGCGCCGCACUAAAGACAGAAGAAACUAAACGUAGUUCACCAUGAACUGGGGCUUCCUUCAGGGCCUCCUCAGUGGGGUGAACAAGUACUCCACCGCCUUCGGCCGAGUGUGGCUGUCCAUUGUGUUCGUCUUCAGGGUGCUGGUAUUCGUGGUGGCGGCCGAGAAGGUUUGGGGUGACGAACAGAAGGAUUUCAAAUGCAACACAGCUCAGCCGGGUUGCCACAACGUCUGUUACGACCACUUCUUCCCCGUGUCCCACGUGAGACUGUGGGCACUGCAGCUCAUCUUCGUCACUUGCCCCUCGUUCUUGGUGGUGAUGCACGUGGCUUACCGGGAGGAGCGCGAGCACAAAAAUCGGCUCAAGUACGGCGAGAACUGCCGCCGCCUCUACCUGAACACGGGCAAGAAGCGCGGCGGCCUGUGGUGGACUUACGUCCUGACUCUGAUCUUCAAAGUCUGCGUGGACACCACCUUCGUCUACCUCCUUUACCACAUCUACGAGGGCUACGACUUCCCCUCGCUCAUCAAGUGCGAACAGAAGCCGUGUCCCAACAAGGUGGACUGCUUCAUCGCCCGGCCCACAGAGAAAAGAAUCUUCACCAUCUUCAUGGUGGUCACCAGCCUGGUCUGCAUCUUACUCUCUGUUAUAGAGAUUGUCUACCUGGUGGGCAAACGCUGCCACGAAAUCUUCACCGGUGUCCAUCACUCUCACCACAUUAUGACCACCAGCAGCAGCAAUUUGAUGCAGUCAAACCCUCUGACGAUGUCCAAAAAGAACACGCCACAAACCCCUGCCCCGGCGUACAGCGUGGCUGUAUCUUGAAAUCAUGUUUUUAUUUUUUUAUAAAUAAGACUUGACAAGGCAGGCGCUUUUCUUAAUGUCGCCAGAAAAUGAUCUGCACUGACUUUUCAUUGUCUAGAAAUUUGAGGGUCUCAUGGCAGAUGCUCAGCGUUGUGUUUUUAGUACCAGUUUAACAGACAAAAAAGACCAUUACAUGAGUCAGUCCAUGAUUUGGAGAGUGCGGUAUCACACACAAACACACACACAUGCACGCACACACACACAACCAACACACAUGCUCACGCCUUUGUGGUCUCUGUGUAAGAUUUUCCUCUCUGACUCGUGCCAAACCUCCAAAUGUUUUCAUUCAAUUUCUGCAGUCUUUUCAAAUCGCUGCACGGACCAAACUAUUGGGACACUUCUUUUGAUCUUGAACAUUUCUCCGGCUUCACCCUGAAUUCCAAAAGCAUGUAUUUUACGUAGCUAAAGACUCUUAAGUCUAUAGUUGAAUAUGAUUGGUGUUGCAGCCUACCUCUUGCCCAAAGUUAGGCCCCAGAUCUGGGUCCAUUUGAUUCUAUUGUUUUACACUGCUUAUGUAAUUUAUCAUCACUUUGGUAUGAAAGAUUCCAGUUACUUUGCUUUUUUUUUUUUACACCGCCAAGAUGUAUAUAUUUUCAUUAAAUAGAUGUAUUUUCCACUUC